AUGGAUGAGCUCUUUGACGUCUUCGAGGACCGACCUCAGGCGGUGAAGCCGUCGGAGGCUCCUCCCAACCGCCCAAAAAAGGACAAGAGCAAGAAACGACAGGUGAAUGGUGAUGAGAAGAAACCCGCAGAUGUCGAGACUCGGCAACAAGAGGAUACUGUCAUGUCGGAGGCAGAUGCUGCGGAAGCUGUAUCAACAGGCGCCGAGGCACCCGAGAAGCCAGCCGAACAAGAACAGCCCGACUCGAAGCGACCGCGAUUGGGGGAUCAAGCCGAGCCUGUAGUUGCUGACUCUUUCGAAACCGAACAAGAACGCGAGAUCACCGGAUCUGGAGGACUUUCAGGCAACGCUGCUGCAGUUGUUGUGUCGCAUCAAGUGCGCCAUCAAGUCGCGAUCCCGCCCGACUACCCAUAUAUUCCUAUCUCCGAACACAAGCCGCCAGCCACCCCCGCAAAGACAUGGCCGUUCACGCUCGACCCGUUCCAGCAGGUUGCAGUUUCCUCAAUCCAGCGCGAGGAGAGUGUUUUGGUGUCAGCUCAUACUAGUGCCGGAAAGACCGUGGUGGCGGAAUAUGCGAUUGCGCAAAGUUUGAAACAAAACCAAAGAGUGAUCUACACGAGUCCGAUCAAGGCGCUCAGUAAUCAGAAAUACCGUGAAUUUGCUGCUGAAUUCGGCGAUGUCGGUUUGAUGACUGGUGAUGUAACUAUCAACCCCACCGCUACCUGUCUCGUCAUGACUACAGAGAUUCUUCGUUCCAUGUUGUACCGUGGUUCUGAGAUUAUGCGCGAAGUUCAGUGGGUAAUCUUCGAUGAGAUUCACUACAUGCGCGACUUGAGCCGUGGUGUUGUCUGGGAAGAGACGAUCAUUCUUUUGCCGGAUAAGGUCCGCUAUGUCUUCCUGUCUGCCACUAUCCCGAAUGCUAUGCAAUUUGCCGAGUGGAUCGUCAAGAUGCAUAAUCAGCCCUGUCACGUUGUCUACACCAACUAUCGUCCGACCCCCCUCCAGAACUAUUUCUUCCCUGCCGGUGGAGAGGGAAUUCAUCUUAUUGUGGAUGAGAAGGGAACCUUCCGCGAGGAGAAUUUCCAGAAAGCAAUGAGUGCCAUCAACGAAAAGAAGGGCGAUGACCCAGCUGAUGCCAUGGCCAAACGCAAGGGCAAGGGCAAAGACAAGCACCUGAACAAGGGUGGCACCAAGGGCCCAUCAGAUAUCUACAAGAUCGUGAGAAUGAUUAUGCUCAAAAACUACAACCCCGUCAUUGUCUUCAGUUUCAGCAAGCGAGAGUGUGAGGCAGGUGCCUUACAGAUGAGCAAAUUGACUUUCAAUGAUGAUUCCGAGAAGAGCAUGGUGACCAAGGUCUUCGAGAGCGCUAUUGAAAUGCUGUCUCCCGAGGAUCGUCAAUUGCAGCAGAUUACCAAUAUUCUGCCGCUCCUGCAACAAGGUAUCGGUGUCCAUCACUCCGGGCUGCUGCCAAUUCUCAAGGAAACCAUUGAGAUUCUUUUCCAAGAGGGUCUUAUCAAAGCACUGUUCGCAACCGAGACCUUCUCUAUCGGUCUCAACAUGCCUGCAAAGACUGUUGUUUUCACCAGUGUUCGGAAGUUUGAUGGAAAAAGUCAGCGCUGGGUCAGCCCAUCUGAAUUCAUCCAGAUGUCUGGUCGUGCUGGUCGUCGAGGUCUUGAUGACCGAGGUAUUGUCAUCAUGAUGGUGGGAGAGGAAAUGGAUCCUGCCGUCGCCAAGGAGAUUGUGCGUGGUGAACAAGACUCACUCAACUCUGCGUUCCACCUUGGCUACAACAUGAUUCUCAACUUGAUGCGUGUGGAGGGUAUCUCGCCCGAAUACAUGCUCGAGCGAUGCUUCAAGCAGUUCCAGAACACUGGAAGCGUUGCAGGCAUGGAGAAACAGCUCGCGGAUCUCGAGCAGACACGUGCCAACAUGCUCAUUCCAGACGAAGGAACCAUCCGCGAAUAUUAUGACCUCCGGAAGCAACUCGACGCAUAUGCCGACGAUGUCCAACAUGUCAUAAGCCACCCGAAUUACUGCUUGGAUUUCAUUCACUCUGGUCGAUUAGUCCAUGUCAAGUACAAGGAUGCGGAUUACGGCUGGGGUGUGGUGCUGAAGCAGAACAAACGCAGACAACCGAAUAACGAAAAUGCCAAAUAUCCUGCUCAUCAGUCAUAUAUUGUUGAUGUUUUGUUGCAGGUUUCGGGAGGGUCAUCGGUUGGCACCAAAACUUUCGAAGAUAUUCCGGCUGGACUCACGCCUCCGAAGGAAGGAGAGCCCUCGCGCAAUGAGGUUGUCCCCGUGAUGUUGAGCUGCAUCAGGAAUAUCGCUUACCUGCGGAUCAUGCUUCCGAAGGAUCUCUCCACACCUGAGUCCCGGAAUGGAGUUAUGAAGUCUGUCAACGAAGUGAAAAGGCGAUUCCCCGACGGCAUUACCCUGCUCGACCCGAUUGAAAACAUGCAUAUCACGGAUGAGAACUUUAAGAAGCUCCUUCGGAAAAUUGAAGUUCUCGAGUCUCGCCUACUCGGCAAUCCUCUCCACAACUCCCCUCGGUUGCCCGAAUUGUACGAGCAAUAUGCCAGCAAGGUGGAGCUCACCGCAAAAAUCAAGGAGAUCAAGAGGGCGAUUACCGAGGCCAUGUCCGUUCUGCAGCUUGACGAGCUUAAAUGUCGCAAGCGUGUGCUUCGUCGCUUCGGAUUUAUCAACGAAGCCGAAGUUGUGCAGCUAAAGGCACGGGUUGCCUGUGAGAUUAGCACGGGUGACGAGCUGAUGCUGAGUGAGCUGCUAUUCAACGGAUUCUUCAACAACUUGACUCCCGAGCAGGUCGCCGCUGUUAUGAGCUGUUUCGUGUUUGAGGAGAAGGUCAAGGAAGCCCCUCCUUUGGCCAAGGAUGAGUUGGCGAAGCCGCUGAGGGAGAUUCAAACCCAGGCCCGCACCAUUGCCAAGGUGUCGCAGGAGUCUAAGAUGACCCUUAAUGAGGAUGAAUACGUUGAGAGUUUCCACUGGGAGCUGAUGGAGGUAGUCUAUGAUUGGACUCAGGGCAAGUCGUUUGCAGACAUAUGCAAAAUGACCGAUGUCUACGAGGGUAGCUUGAUCCGUGUCUUCCGCCGGUUGGAAGAGGCUUUGCGGCAAAUGGCGCAAGCUGCUAAGGUUAUGGGCAGUGAAGACUUGGAGAGCAAAUUCGAGGAGGCCCUGACCAAGGUCCGCCGCGACAUUGUUGCUGCCCAGUCCUUGUACUUGUAG